AUGGGCACGAGAUGCUGUUCCGGCGAGCCUGCCAAGGACCAGGGAUGCACAGGUCCCGCGAACGGCGUCGAACAUGGGCACGAAUAUGGGCGUGACCCCAAGCUCGGAGACUGCUGUGCUGGCGACGGAGUAUGCUACGAUGCCAUCGAAGUGACCUGCCAUGAUGAGAACUGCCAUGCAGAAGCUUUCUGCGAUUCUGAAGACGAUUCCACCUGCCGCUCUAUCAAGCUCGAAUGCUGCACCUCCAAGGAAGAGCACUGCGAUGAGAAGUGCAUUAUUGCCGCCGCCGCCGUUGAGUGCGAGAAAUCUUGCGAAGAUGACGCCGCUCAUGCUGGUAUGCUGCAAUGUCCUGGCCAACGUCAAGUGCACUCAGAACUCACGAUCCUAGGUGCCGCUGAUCACCAGCAUUCCCACGACAAGGACGGCCGCCAUCCAGCCUCUGCUUGCAGCACCCAUCUCUCCAAGGCUUUCGAGCAGUAUAGCGCCUAUCUCGAAUCGGCCCGUUGCAUCUGCCGCAGUAUCAUCGAUCGCGGUCUUCCAACCGCGUGCUGCAGCGAACAAAAGCCAGUUGUCACAGCCGCAGCCGCUUCUGCGAAGCCUUCCGCCGGGAAGAAGCGCCGCGAGCCUAUCGAGGCGCACACGACCGCGCAUGCCCAUGGUCAGCACAAGCAUCAUCACCAUCACGGAAUUAAGCGACGUGGCAACAAAUCUCAAGCCACGCACGACCAUGACAUGGCCAUCAAGCCUGUUCGCGAUGACCAAUCCGACUGUUGCAGCGGACAUGAUGUUGAACUUCCCUUCCCGUACGAAAAAAGACAUCUUGCCAUUGACGGCAGUGUGGACAAGGAUAUCGAGAGGAAUGCUGGGUCGGAGCACGUUGCCCUCGUCGUUGAUGGCAUGACCUGUUCCGGAUGCGGGAACAAACUUGAACGAACUCUCAAAGGAAUUCCUGGAGUCUCUGGCGUACGAGUCAACUUUGUCAUGGGUAAUGCCGAGUUUACCCUCGACGGCGCUGCAGGGAAAGCCGAGGACAUCAUUCGCAACACUGCACGGGUGACUGGCUUUCAUUGCACCCGAAUGUCGGGCGAUGAUCAGACGCUGGACAUUCUCGCCUCAGGACCGUCUGCUAAGGCGCUGGCCGACCUGGCCAUCAUCGGUGUAAGAGAUGUCAACUUGGUUGACAAGAAAGUUGUCAGGGUCACCUACGACCCAGCUGUUGUUGGAGCCCGGACGCUUCUCAGCAAACUAGGACCGUACUCGACGGGGCUGGCUCCCCCUCGCGAUGAUCCGUCAAUCGCAAGUGGAAGGAAGAGAAUGUAUGAUCAACUGAUCAAAACGGUCGCCGCCGCAACUCUCACCAUUCCCGUCGUUGUUCUUGCCUGGGGUGAGAAACUUGAACCCAAGACGCGCUCGAUUGUUUCAAUUGUGUUGGCAACUUUCGUUCAGUUAAUAGCGGUACCAGACUUCUACAAACCAGCCAUAUCAUCUCUCGUGCACAGCGGCGCUCUUGAGAUGGACAUGCUGGUCGUCAUCAGCAUCACGGCUGCCUAUGUCUACUCGGUUGCGGGUUUUGGUUUUCACAUGGCUGACCGGCCACUCGAACCCCGCGAGUUUUUCGAGACGAGCACCCUCCUCAUCACACUUGUGCUUCUUGGCCGCUUGACUGCUGCUUUCGCACGCAUUCGGGCCGUCGCUGCUGUGUCAUUGCGCUCGCUUCAGACAUCUACCGCUGUUGUCAUCGAGUAUGGGAAGGAUCUCGAGGUCGACGCCCGUCUUCUCCAGUACGGCGAUAAAUUCAAGGUCCUUCCUCACUCAGGUGUACCUACAGACGGCCUGGUGGUGACUGGCUCCAGUGAGGUAGAUGAAUCCAUGCUGACCGGUGAGAGCGUCCCUGUAUUCAAGAAGCAACGCGAUACUGUGAUUGCGGGCACCAUCAACGGUUCAGGCACUCUGGUGGCCCAACUUACUCGUCUUCCUGGGAAGAAUACCGUCACCGAUAUUGCUGAGCUGGUCGAAGAAGCGGCAAAUAAAAAGCCAAGGAUCCAGGACAUUGCCGAUGGUGUCGCAGGCUGGUUCGUCCCUGUCGUUACAGCCGUUGCCAUCAUUGUCGUCGUUGUCUGGACCGUCAUAGGUGUCAAGGUCCAUGGUGAAUCAGCCGGAAAGUCAAUCACCAUUGCCAUAACCUAUGCUAUCGCUGUCUUGGCUGUAUCCUGUCCUUGUGCUCUCGGCCUCGCCGUGCCUAUGGUGUUGGUAGUGGCUGGCGGUAUUGCUGCUAGAAGUGGUGUCAUCAUCAAAUCAGCCGAGUGCACCGAGAAGGCUCGAAAAGUCAGCGAUGUGGUAUUUGACAAAACUGGGACCGUAACGGAGGGAGAUCUUGACGUUCUCGAAGAAGAGAUCCUACUCUCUGACCAGGAUGAGGCUCGUGCCGUCGUCAAAGCUCUCGUGGCAGGCAACAACCACCCCGUAUCCGCGGCCCUCGCGAAAUAUCUUGCUUCCCGUGCAACCCACGAGGUUCAGCUCACAAACCCUCGAGCUAUCCCUGGCGCAGGUGUUGAAGCAAGUUACAAUGGCCACAAAGUAUGUGCUGGUAACCCGUCGUGGACUGACGCCAACGCUCUACCGGCCGUCAUCCGUUUACAAGAGGCGAGCAUGACUAUCUUGGUCGUCACCAGUGGCUCUGUCCCUAUCGCGUUGUUUGGACUUCGCACACGUCUUCGCCCCGAAGCAAAGAAGGUCAUUGCUGAGCUCACCCGCCAAAACAUCGCCGUUCACCUCGUUUCCGGUGACCAAACCCGUGCCGUUGAAUCUGCCGCCGCUCAAGUUGGUAUUAAUAAUGUCGCAUCUCGAUGCACCCCUUCGCAGAAGCGGGACUAUGUUGCUUCGUUGAUGUCAGAGGGCAAAUUCGUCAUGUUUGUCGGUGACGGGACGAACGAUGCAGUUGCUGUUACCCAAGCAGACGUCGGCGUUCAACUUGGCAGUGCAGCUUCCGCCAGCGAUGUGACCCGCGGAGCCGCGGAUGUGGUUCUCCUUGCAGGUCUCGAAGGUAUCUCCUUCGUGCUCGAUGUCAGCCGCGCAAGCUUCCACCGCAUGGUCUUCAACUUUGUCUGGUCCGCCGUGUACAACGUAUUGGCAAUCUUGCUUGCCGGGGGAGCGUUCGAGCCCGUCAAUUUCAAGAUUCCUCCCGCAUAUGCGGGAUUGGGUGAGAUGGUCAGCGUUAUUCCGGUCAUCCUCGCCGCCUUGACCAUGUUGGGAAUGAAGAUCCGAACCGAAGCUUAA